UGCUCUACCCGGGGAGGAGGAGGAGGAGGACGGAUCUCGGAGGGGGGGAGCGGCUUCUGAGCGGUGGGGCUGCUCUCUGGAUCUGUCUCGCCGCCGCCUUCUUCCUCUUCCUCCUCCUCUUUGCCUCCCCCUCCGCUCGCGCCGCUGCCUUCCCAUAAACAUCUGGAGCAGGGGAGGGGCUUUUUUCCGCCCCUCUCUCUCUCUUGGAGGGGCUCUGGGCUAUUGGCAACCUCUGAAUGGCUCCGGGGGAGAGGAGAGCGCGAGUAGAAGUUUAGGUGUCAUAUCAAGUGAUGUUUUAAUGUGUGUGAGAGAGAAUGCCCCCCCUCCCACAGCUAGAACUUCCAAGGAUGCCUGUGGGCAGGAUUCCUGCCUUUCAGGGGGCUGGAUUAGAUGACCGUUGGGGUCCCUUGCAAGUCUACAAUUCUAUGAUUCUAAGCAGGUGUGCAUCAAAUCAAACUUCCAUAUCUCCUCAGCUGCGCCUUAGAGUGAGCUGCAAACCACUUGGAAAUGGCUUCUGCAAGCAACUUUGCCAGCUUGCUAUAAAAGAGCAUCACUGUCUCGGUUUCAACUUCCUCAUGCUUGAUUUGCUUGGAAGUGCCUCUGACUUUCUCUGUUUAGUACAAGUCAUUUGAAUCUCUUGAAUUUUGGUGGGUUUUUUUGUUUGUUUGUUUGUUUUAAAAGAAAGGCGGAAGAGAAGAGGCGCUUAUAAAAUUCCCACAGUGCUCUGCUCAAGUAUGUGAUGCUGGCUAUUACCUCCUUCCUGUGCCUAUCAUGAGCUAAUGUUAGCAACUGCAUCAGAGCCAAAUGGCUAUUAAACGGCUUUCAAUUUCCUUUAUGUGUAAAUUUGAAGUUCAACAUUUCCCUCCUCUUCCCUGGCAUGAGUACAAAUACUCUGUUUUCUGUAUUUUGUGUGGUUUAUGUGACAAGAUCCCCAGUCGCUUUUGCUGUUCCUACUCCACCCGCUUUUGAAAACAGAUCGGGAAGUAUUCUCAAAUGAAAUGGGUAGGCAAGCCGUCAGCUGACUGUUGCGGUUCCCACAUCCUUACAAAUGCUCAAGAGAGGAGCAAAGUCCUGCUUCUGGAAUAGUGUGCAAAGGUUUACCGUCAGCUCUCAAGACAAGGAGCAUUAUGUCUAAAACUGUAAUGAUGUAGCACAGGAACGCUGAAGAAUUGUGUUCGGUGGAAAUGAGUCAGAUUGAAAUGACAAGAGUUUGAGAAGAAUUAAUAGAGCGAAAGGGAGAGAGAAAUAAUCAAUUAAUCGGGAAGAGAUGCUCGGUUAUUUGCAAGUCGCGUUGCAACUUCCCCUUGCUCUGUUUCCCAGUUGCCAUCUGGAUUCUACCCUCUUCCUUUUUGUGGCUGCUAGUUUUAGUGACUGGCUGGAGUGGUGAUGGUCAGGGCAGGCCUUUGGGCCUCACUCAGCAGAAUGAGCAGGAAUCUCCUCAGACGAUGCAGCAGGGCCUGAAUUGGCCAUAUUCUAAAGUAACCUGCAUCCCCCACCCCUUUGGAUGGCAAACCGUAAGACUGUUCAGACUGUAAAUUUACUUCACUUCAGCGCUAAGCGUGUAUGGCUAUGGUUGGCCAUAACCUGGGAGGGCAGCUAACAUGGUGCCCUCAAGACGAUGUCGUCCUCCAACUCCCAUCAGCCCCAGCCAGCAUGGCUGAAGGUUAUUAAGGAUGAUGGGAUUUGUAGUCCAACAUCUGGAGGGUACAUCUGGUACAUCUCUUUCCUUGGAAGAGAGGUGGUAUGAAUAAAUAUUGAAAGGACAGAGCAGAGGUAUAGGGACUGAGGGCAGGCCUGGCCCGGCCCAGCCAUUAACCUUGUUGAGGCAGUUGCCUCAGGCGGCAGGCUGAGUACAGCUGGGAGGGGAGCAGAUCCAGGCCCUCAAGGAACUUGCUGUCUCCUGCUUCUCCCUGUCCUCCUUUUUUUCUCCCUCACUGCCUUGGAUCUUUCCCACGCCUUCUCCAGUCACCUCAGGCAGCUGAGGGGAAGGCAGUGAGGGGCACCAUUUUUUGUUUUGCCUCAGGCGGCGAAAUGUCUUGGACCGGAGCUGACCAAGGGGAACCCAGGGAUGAGGAUUUUUUUUAUAUAAAAAAAGCCAGGACCCUAAGUUACAUCUUUAUUGAGUUGCUGAGGGGUAAAUUGCUUGAUUUUUGCAUGAUUCGCAAACUCUUGUGUUUAUACGGGUGAAACUUGGAAAAUUAGAAUAUUGUUGAAAAGUGCAUUUAUUUCAGUAAUGCAACUUAUUAUUUUUUAUUUUCCUUUCAAUUUUUACAAAUGCUUUCUUUUGGAAAUUCCACAAUAAUAAAACAAAUAGUUACAAUAAUACAAAAAUAAACCUCGCUACUACAUUUCAUUAAUUACAUUCCAUUUAUAAUUGACCCGCCUAACGACAAAUAAUUACAAUUACAACAAAUAAAGGCUUGACAUAUCUUGCUUUGCAUGUCAUGCAUCUAUCUCAUAUUUUGGUUUCACCUUUUAAGUUGCAUUACUGAAAUAAAUGCGCUUUUUGACGAUAUUCUGAUUUUCCGAGUUUCACCUGUAGGAGCGUAUUGUUUGCUACCCAUUUCUUUUCCCUAAAGGAGGGGUUGCUUUUCAGCUGCAGGGAAAUAGCACAGAAUUCUCUUUUGUUACUCUUCCUAAACAGGUCUGAGGAACCUGUGUCUCUGGCUGAGCUUACAAUUCCCAUCACCCCUGAGCAUUGGCCAUGUUGGACGGGACAGCUGAGAAUUCCGCUUUGAGAAUAUAUGUUGAAACCAUUUAAGAACCCAUUUUAUUACACUAAAAAAGUUCAGUUAAAAACAAACAAGCCCUAUCUAAUAAUGAUGCAAUAGUUGUGAGUUUCCUGUAGCAGCAGCAGCGUGGACAAUAUGACCUCUGACAUCAUUUUAACUCUUGAGUUUAAAGUUGUACAGUUUGUUUGCCACUCUGAGCAACCUAAGAUUAAAUAUAUCCGAUGGCAGAGACCGCAAGUACUGUUCCUCGUUGCUUGUCAACUUACGUGCCUGUUUGGCAGUUACCUUCAUGCAAAAUGUGAAUUGUACAGUCAAAAGAGUUGAAGCAGAUCAUAUGAAGCAUGGCAGGAUCUUAGUUAAAGGAUUUAUUGUUGCUUUGACCCACCUAAGGAGGCACAUUUUACAGUGUGCGUAUCUAUAGGUGCCUAUUCUGAAGGUUAAAUAAGAAGCCUGAAUUGUAUUGGAAGCAAAUGUAGGCAUUUACACUGUGCAGAUGAGUGCUGUGCAUUCCCUGCAAGCAUUCACUUAUUUAGGGUUACCAUGUUUCAAAAACUGAAAAUCUGGACACAAGAGAUGUUGAACUUUUGUUUGGCAAAAUCUCAAAAAACCAAAGUUUUUGAUCUAUUUUUAAGGAACACCCAAAACGACACCGGUGACAUGUGUUGCCAUACAGCUGGAUUUUCCUGGAUGUUUUUAGCAAUUUCCGCCCAGACACUGUUUCUGGCAGCUGAAUCCCAGCUGUGUCCGGGAAAUUCUGGAUGUAUGGCAACCCUAACUUAUUUUACAAAUCCAUAUGUUUCUCUUUCCACCCCACUCCCCUGCCAAUCUUCUGCUGGUUCUUCUGUUGCAGCAGCUGUGAGAAAUGCUGUCGCUGGGGAAUUGUAAGCAACAGCAGUCGUUUUGCUAGUCAUUUCUUAUUGUUCGAUUGAAUCUCAUCGGUUUUGAGAUGGUGAUAAAACUUAUGUGGAAUCAAUUAUCAUUUCCCCACCCCCAUGCAUUUGGAACCAAUGGUUAAAGAACAUGAAAGUAUUGGGGAAGGGGAGCCAUUUGUUAGCAAUGCCCCCAAUUUUACUCGUACUAGGAGUAGGCCUCUUGAAAUCAAUGGGCUUACUCCGAGUAUGACUAAAUCUGGAUAAUCAGCCUAUGUUUGCAAAGUGAAAACUGCAAAUAUAUAUCAGGCAUAGCAUAGACACAAAAACAACAACAACUGUGCUUGUGACAAGGUGCUCUGGGGCAGAGAAGAGUGAUUUCACUUUUGAUUAUCUUCAUAUUCUCUUUUCUAGUUUCUUGAUGCUUAUCUGGGUUUCCUUUUCAAGGAAGUAGGAAGUAAAUUGGGUAUUUCCAAUUGGGAGCUUAUUGACAGCACUGACUACUAGCACAAUAAAAUUAUUCUGCCUAAUUGUUUAUAACUGUGAGAUAACUACAACUUGCUCAUGACUUAAAUUUGUUGUGUGACACAAUGAGAUGCUAGAUGUCAGAUCCACCCAAAGUCCUAUUGACACUAAUGGCAGUGUCACCUCUCCGGCUGAAACUAAUGGGACUUAGCCACACAUGCAAAAAUGAAGCAUUUUAAAUGGGAAUAUUUACUUUCCCAGGCUUUAGUAUUUCCUCUCUGUUUAAUUUCUCCUUUCAUAAGUUUUCUCCAUGAAUAUUGGAAUGGUUCUUGCUGGAGUGCUGAGCAAAAAAUGAAGAAUUAAAUCCCCACGAGGAUUGCUAAAGGUUUUUCUGUAACGCAUAACUGUUGCACAGAAAUGGCGCAAUAAGAUUUUGUGGUUCUUCUUUUCUUUUCUCGCAAGGACAGAAGAGUCUUGCAAUGUUGCACUGAACUGUUUUCCUGUAGGCUUAAAUAAAUGUUGCGGUUGUUCGUUGUUUUUAUUUAGGGAAUGUAUGUGCUGCCAUUAUCAAUCAGGUACAAUGGUAGAGUGAUGAUUUGCGCCCUCCAUGGUGUCCCACAAACUACGAACAUGAAAAGACAAUAGUUAAAGCAUUGAAAUCUGGGUAGAACUCCUAAUAGAACUUAGGAGGAUAGAUGGAAUUCAGCCAUGUAUGGAAUUCCCAUUAACUUCCCUUCUGCCAGCCUUAAGCAUUGCAUUAGCAAAGAUGUUGAUCUCACUUUAUGCUAACCAGGAGUCCCUCUUACCUACCGUAGGACUUGAAACCAAAUCUGCUUCCAGGCAACCUGUGGAUUGAGCAUUUAUCCCGAUUUGUUCAUACAAAAUUUGCAGCAAUGGCUAUUUACCGAACAGUUUGUUUGUGGGGAAUUUAGAUAUGUUGGCAUAGGUUUGCUGAGGGUACCACAUUGGGUACAUUGAUCUACAUGAAUAAUAACCACGGCUGGUUCCAGUGGUUCCUUCAAAGGUUAUCCUACACACAAAGGUUAUCCUACUCUUCCCAGUGCAAUUCCCCAUCACUUUCCUUACUGCGAAAAGUGGUGAGGGACAGUGAGUUUGCUGCACAAGAGUUCCAAAGCAGCUUUAAGUAUGCAACCUGAAAUUCACCAAUAUGUGACUGAAUCCCACCCAAAAGUAGUGACUGGCUGAAGGGAGGCAAGCUACUAUAGUUCUUGAAUCUACUGUACUUCUUCUCUGUUCCUUUAUAGGGAAUCCUGGUUCGCAUUAGAUAUGUUUGCAUUAACGCAGAUAACCGACGUAAUUCUCCGCCAUGGUUCAGGUCGAUGGCGAGCAUGCAGCCUGCUUCUGGUCUCUUUAUCGCCACUUAAAAUAUGGUUAGCAUGACAUCUUCCCAGGCCCUUGGAGUUAUUGGCACGGAAUACUACUAAAGAAGGAUAGCAGGCUGUGUUUCUGAUGCUGCCGCUCAUGAAGUCAGCCUCUUAUGUAUGGCUGCGACAUUGGUAUGCAUUGUGCUGGAUGUGGCACAAGGGGUUUACCGACUGUGCAGCAAGGAAUCAACAAGAUAUUGUUUGGUUUCUGAAUGGGACUGGGAGAAUAGUGCUCACAACUUUAUGUCAGGGUGCUUCUUCCAGGAAAUUACACAAUGAAAUAAGUGUUUGGAUCACAGCGGCCUUGUGCUGUGGGGUUGGACAAUUAAAUAAUGGAAACCUCUGUAAAAGUUUUAGAACUUUAGCCGCUGAAGAGAUGCAUUAAAAGCAAACAGGAUUGCAAACAGGAAGCUGCCUUAGUAAGGAACUUUCAAUGCUUAUAAGGAAGCUAAUGGGCUAUAGUUCCCUUAGAGGAAACCACACAGAAGUUUUUCAGAAAUUGCUUCUCACUGACUUCAUGGGAGCUCUCUGGAUUCCUGCUCUGCCUUGCAGUGGAGUCAAGCAAUCUCCUUCGAAGAGGGCAUUGAUGAAGGAAGGAGCUGGUGUCUGGUUUCACAGUGAUAGAAGAACAUUUUAGGUUUAAACCAUGCCUGUUCCCCCUCCUCCAGCUCCUCCCCCUCCCCCAACACUUGCUGUGGCAAAUACAGAAAAGCCUAGCUUAAACAGAUCAGAGCAAGCAGGGCGAAAUGCUCUUCUCUCCGAUAUUACCAAAGGGAAAAAACUUAAGAAGGCUGUUACCAACGACAGGAGUGCCCCAGUCUUUGAAAAACCUAAAGGGUCUGGUGGUGGAGGUGGCUUCACGAGCAGUAGCAGCAGCGGUGGUGGCAGUAGUGGCGGUAGUGGCGGCAGCUAUGGUGGAGGAGGACCCCCUGGUUUAGGAGGUCUGUUCCAAGCGGGGAUGCCCAAACUCCGAUCUGCAAACAGGGAUAAUGAUUCUCCAGGAAGCAGGGCUCCAGUGUUCCCACCGGGAGGAAAAGCAACAUCUGCAAAGCCCUUUUCACUCCCAGGUGGUGCAGGAAGGUUUGCAGGUCCUUCUUCUGGGCAAAGAACUGCCGUUCCGGAGCCACAGAGGAGCCGAAUGCCUCCACCGAGACCUGACCCUGGUUCCAGGGCCGAUAUGGGUGCUCCUCCCGUGCCAAAUACUCCAAGACCUGUCCCAUCAACGCUGUACAAUCGAGGACCCCCUCCUGUGCCGGGAGCCAGCAGGCAAGUCAGCUUAGGCCUCACACCUCCGCCUUUCCCAGGAAACAGAUUCGGAGGGUCCCUCCGCCAGUCGUCGCAAGGGAGUCUUCCUUCUCCUUUCGCAAACAGGCCUCCUCUUCCUCCGGCCCCAGGCAGGCCGACAGAAGACAAGCCUCCACCGCCGCCACCCCCAGCAGGAAGUAGGCCACCUCUCAACCGGGAAGCUUCCUUGCCACCGCCUCCUCCACCUCAAAACAACAGGCCUCCGGUUCCUUCCACGCCUCGGCCAUCCUUUGGAUCUCAGGUCCCUCCUCCACCACCUCCAAGCAGGCCAGGCCCGCCUCUGGUUCCACCGACGUCCGGCGGAAAUGAUGAGAUGCCGCGGCUUCCUCAGAGGAAUAUAUCGCUAGCAUCUCCUUCUCCGCCGAGCCUGCCUGGUUCCUGUCGCUCUGGACCUCUCCCUCCGCCACCAGGCGAGAGGCCGCCACCUCCUGUCAGAGACCCGCCCAGCAGAUCAGGACCCCUUCCUCCACCUCCCCCGCCAAUAAGCAGAAACGGUAGCACUUCACGGGCAUUGCCAGCUACCCCGCAGCUUCCUUCCAGAGGCGGGCUUGAUAAACACAGAGGCGGACCACUUCCUCCUCCACUUCCUCCUGACAGGCCUGCUUCUGGAGCGCCUCCCCCACCACCGCCACCUUCAUCCGCCAUGCGAAAUGGCUUCCAGGAUUCUUCAUGCGAUGAUGAGUGGGAGAGCAGAUUUUCCUUCCAUCCUAUGUCUGACCUGCCACCUCCAGAGCCAUAUGUGCCAAUGAACAAAAGCUACCCCAGUAAGCUAGCAAGGAAUGACAACAGAAGUGGAUCCAGUCGUAGGGAAAGAGGUGCUCCACCACUUCCACCUAUUCCAAGGUGAAGUGGGGCUUCUGACCUCUUUGGGGAUGUGACUGCUUUUCUGAAACUUCCCUUGAACCCAGCAGUCUUGUCAAAAGGCUUCCUUUCAUGCCGCACUUUUUUUGGGGGGGGGGGAUCCCACUCUCGUUAUCAUUUUCAGAUCAAGCUGUCAGAAUCCUGCUCAGGUUGUUCCUGCCGAUUUCCACCUUGGUUCUACAAAUCAAAGAUUUUGUGAACAGUAAUCCAAAUCCCCAUUUUUGGGAAUUUUAAGUUACUUUGAAAUUAAUGGAGACUUGGUUCCAAUAAGGUGCUUAGUAUUGGAGGAGUGGUAUAUUAUUAUUGUUUUUGUUUUACCUUGAAAACUGUCUUGCAAGGCAUAGUGGGGACUGUAUAGAUCACAUUUUGGAGCUCGGUCGAAGUCUUUCCAGUACCAUCAAAAAGAGCCAAGACUUUUAGCUUGUCUUGUAGUGCGGGACAAUAACAUUUUACAAAAUUCAAGUCUCUGUUACAUUAACCUGAAACAUAGCUUCCUUGACAACCUUCCAUAUUUCUUUCCAUGAUAAAUAUGAUUCGUAGCACUUCCUUUCCCCCCAAUUUGCAGUCUUGUCUGAGAUUACUGAUCAAAUUGAUCAAAUUAGUUUGACGAUUAGAGGUAGGGGAAAAGAACUACAUGGCACAACUUUUAAUACAUUCCGUCUCUGGAAAGAGUUGGGAUUCAUUGUGUGUGUGAACAUUCUUACUCUCUCUCAGGCAAUCAGCUACACCUUUAAUGAAUUGUAGCCCUUCAGAGACCAAAAGAAUGUUGCUCUAUGUUUGCCAUAGCAUCAGUAGCAACUUUUAACAAAUCCACCGAAAAUGCCUAUGCCGCAAUUCAGGGUGUGGUACGUACACGGAAGCAGGCUUCCAAGCAUGUAAAUCUAGCUGGAGGGAGGGAGGUGUCUACAACCAAAUACUGUGUACACAGGUCCUCCCUGCCGUCCCAGAGGCAGGGACAGUGUGCCCAGAGAUCUCCAUUUUCUUUAUUUUUUAAAAAAGCAAAAGAGCUAAGAUCUUGCAGGUGGACUUUUCAGCAUUGGAAAUUGCGGUGUCUUCUAGCCAAACAGCUGGAUUGGUGGAGUUUCAUAUUUUGGAAGAAGAAGAAAAAAGUAUUGGGGGCUUGCAGGUGCUACAAAACAACAAGAUUCAAGGUGUCAUUGUCAUCUUGGAAGUUAAGUUCUUCUUUUGCUAACAGUUAUGCUGUUGGGCUUUUCCUCUGGGGUGAGUUUUAGCCCCGUGGUUUCUGAAUCGGUGGUUCUGCAAAAUGAAUCGUUGUAAAGCUCUCUCCUUUGAACUAUGCAAGGCAAAUAUUCAAAGUUAGUGUACAUAAGCAACAAUAGAUGCUAAUAAGACUCUUUCUGUGGCUUUUGGCUAACACCUCUGCCCUGAGCUUCCAUUUCUUUCAUGGUACCAUUGAAACUGUUCUUAGCUAUGAAAAGAUUUUAUUUGGCUCCUGUGUGCUGAAGACACUCCCCUCUCCUUUGAUGUGGCAGCUGUUAAUCAAGCAUCCAGCUGCAAGCAGAAAGUGUCAGCAGGAGACAUUUGAUUGACCUGUUACAAGCUCUUUUCUUUCCACGAGGUGCAAAACAGCUGGACAGCAUUUUAAAGUUAUGGUUUUGUUGCAAAAUUUCAUUACUUUUCGCAGGAAUUUUCUUGUCAUUCUGACAGUUGAUAAGUGUGUUUACUCUUUCACAACUGAUUCAUCUUUACACACAUGAGAGAAAUGUGGUCCUUAAUUGGAACAUGAUUGAGAGUGGAAUGACUAUUUAUGGAAGCUCUGAAGAUGGCUCUCUUGUACACAUUACUAUGCAAAUUGGAGACAAAAGGAUGACUUUUCUGGUGAUGUCAUGAAUGAAAAAGUGGGAAGAUGGAAGAUUUGUAUUAUAGUACUGUAUAAUAAUAUCCAAAGUUAAGUUGUGGUGGGACAGUUGGAGCAAGAUUUCCUUAGAGAUGCACAUGAAAAGUAUACUUAGAUCUUUGGGGAAGAUUUGAAAAGGAACUCAGAAAUAUUCACAAUGGUGCAGCCAAGGUUGCACUUUGCUUUAGACCAGAGGUUCCGAAACUGUGGUGGUCCAUGAACUUCAUUCAGGUGGUCUGUGGCAUGUCUGUGAAGAACACUUACAAUUUGAAUUUAAUGGAAUUCAAAUGGUUGUAAUAGUAAAGUACAGUAUAAGAAAUAAAACAAGCCAUAAAAAUACAACUAAAGCUCACACUGCAAUUGUAAUUGCUCGUUACAAUGGCUACAACAGGCAAAUAAUAAUAAUAAUCAAGAGGUCUGCCAAGACCCAUAGCAAUUAUCAAGUGAUCUGUGGGAAGAAAGGAAGCCACUACUUUAGACUAUGUGCAUUCCCAUUGAUGAUAAAUAAAGCAGGCUGGAGCUUUAGGAUGGAGAAACAUUGCUUUGCAUUUUCAAUGUGUGUACAGAAAUAUGUAUGUAAAAGCUUUUUUUAUGACUCUUUUUCAUUAAAUGGAAAAAAAAGUUAUUGGGUAGCUUUAGGUCUUAUGUUGAGGUGCAUUUCAUGAGCCCACUCUUGUGAAGGAAUCCUUGCAGUUGAAUAUAUUUCAGGGACCCAAAGAUUCCACCCACACAGGUCUCGUUGCAAACUUGGAAGGACCUUUUUCAGCCAUGAGCACAGCAACAUCUUACAAUACCUUUUGGGAUCAAGCAUAGUCUACAAUAAUGGAUUUUUCAGCAAACUCUUUUCCUAUGCACUUAACAAUCCUUUACAUAUAUGCAGUAUUAAUUAACAGUUCCAGUUUCAGCUCAAUUAGUAUUUCUCUGUGUGUUUAUUUUUUUUAAAAAAAAGCAGGAUGUAAAAUGUUAAAUUAUUACAUACAUUUUUGUUCCUGGAAUGGAACACUUUAGCCUUCUGAAGAACAAAUGAAGUACAAAGUUUUACAGUGGGGAUUUU